UUUUGAAGUUACAUAUCCUCGAAAAAGGGCCAUGAUAGCUUCAGCUAAUCCUACACUACUCUUCCUCAUUUCACACUUCGCACGUACACGAUGCAGUAAUUGCAGUCCACCAAUACCCUACUUAUAUGUACUCUUCCAAGGUUCCGAUUGUCGCAUAGAAUUUCCUAUCUCUCCAAUAGACUUGAUCUUCGGUUGUUUAUAAAUUGACAGUUCAAUCGUCCUUCUAUAAUUGUAAUACUCGCUACUUCCGUGAUGGGGAUCUCUUGGAGCAAUCAAAUGCCCGUGGAGGGCAAGACCGUCUUGAUCACGGGAGCCUCAGAGGGACUGGGCAGGAGCGCAGCUCGACAAUUGGCCGAGAAGGGCGCAAACGUCAUCCUCAUCUCACGGAGCGCCAGCAAGCUCGAGACUGCCAUGGCCGAGGCCAAGGCCGCCGCCCGCAACCCCGAAACUCAAAGGUUCCACUUCAUCUCGGCCGACGUUGCGAAACCCGACUACGCCCCUCCCUUGCUCGCCGAAGCCGUAGCCUGGAACAACGGCCAGCCUAUUGAUAUCGUGUGGUGCAUAGCAGGCAUGUCUGCCCCGGAUUUCUGGCUCGAGGUACCCCUAUCUCAGACGCGAAGCCAGAUGGAUAUUAACUUCUGGGGAGCGGCCGAGAUGGCCCAUGCUAUACUGAGGCUAUGGUGUGCGCCCGACGCGCCGGUCGUGCCGGAACCGAAACACUUAAUCUUCACGUCGUCUGUGCUAGCUCUUUUCCCGGUAGUUGGGUACGGGCCGUAUACGCCUGCGAAGAGUGCGCUACGUGGAUUGGCCGAUACCCUGGUACAGGAAGUAGAGGCGUAUCCACAGAACGUGAAAGUCCACGUUGUAUACCCGGCCUCGAUUGGUAGCCCCGGUUUCGAGCGCGAGAACAAGACGAAACCGGGAGUUACAAAGAUGCUCGAGGAGGGAGACCCGGUACAGAGUCCUGAUGCUGUAGCUUCAGGCGCGAUCCGAGGGCUCGAAAAGGGGCAAUACUUCAUAACAACGGCCUUGUACGGAUAUGUUUUCAAAUGGAGUACAUUGGGAGGCUCGCCGAGGAAUAAUUGGUUUAUCGAUACAAUCAUGUGCUGUCUCAUGCCACUGGUAUGGAUAUUUGUGCUACCGGACAUAUUUUCUAAGAUCAGGAAAUACCGUAAGACGCAUGGUCACCCUGCCAGUUAUCGAGCCAAAGCCAUAGAAGACCAUCAGAGCUCUUAGUUUACCUACUAAAUAAUUAUACCCGUGUCCAAGACACAAAAGAAUAUGCAC